AUGGGCCAGAUCCAGCUCACGCAGAGGAACAAUCACGCCAACAUCUCGGAUCUGCUGGACAAUCUGCUGCGCGGCUACGAUAACAGCGUUCGGCCAGACUUUGGGGGACGACCGGCUGUUGUUGAGGUUGACAUCAUGGUGAGGAGCAUGGGACCAAUAUCAGAAGUGGACAUGACGUACUCCAUGGACUGCUACUUCAGGCAGUCCUGGGUGGAUCGCCGGCUGGCCUUCCAUGGCGCCCAGGACACCUUGGCGCUCAGCAUCUCGAUGCUGGCGCGGAUCUGGAAGCCGGACACGUACUUCUACAAUGGGAAGCAGAGCUACUUGCACACCAUCACGACACCCAACAAGUUCGUGAGACUCCAUCAGGACGGUCGAGUGCUGUACUCGAGCCGACUUACUAUUAAAGCUGGCUGUCCAAUGAAUUUAGAAGACUUCCCGAUGGAUGUUCAACGAUGUCCCCUCAAGUUUGGAUCAUUCGGCUACACCACCACGGACGUCGUCUACCGGUGGAAUCAGAAGCGUCAGGUGGCAAUUGCUGAGGAUAUGAAGCUGUCGCAAUUCGAUUUGGUGGAUUGCCCAGCGGAGAACGUCACUGAUACUGUUCUUCACAGCGAUUCCGCCAAUCAAUCCACACAGCAGAAGGCUUAUCUUGCCGAGUACUCCAUGUUGCUGGUGAAUUUCCAUCUGCAAAGGCACAUGGGCAACUUCCUCAUCCAAGUCUACGGGCCGUGCAUCCUGCUCGUGGUGCUCUCUUGGGUGUCCUUCUGGCUCAAUCGCGAGGCCACGGCCGACAGAGUGUCUCUGGGCAUCACCACAGUCCUCACGAUGACCUUCCUGGGCCUGGAGGCGCGCACAGAUCUGCCCAAGGUGCCCUAUCCCACCGCCCUGGACUUCUUCGUCUUCCUCUCCUUCGCCUUCAUCUUCGCCACGAUCCUCCAGUUCGCAGUCGUGCACUACUUCACCAAGUACGGAUCUGGCGAGUGUUACUUCAGCGCCGAGGACUUCAGCACGGACUCAGAAUCCGAGAGUGAGGACGAGACGACUCCGCUGAGGCCAAAAGGCACAAGAAGCGACAAGGAGAUGCAACCAUCGCCCGCCAAUGUGUCCAAUGGCGCCAAUAUGUUCGAAGUUAUUCCACUGUCCGUGUGCUCAAUUCCUCCCACACCCACAAAGACCACGCGACGCUCCUUCCUGGAGAUCCUCUGCUGCCGGAAGACCAUCGACAAGGACACCAUCUACACCAUGACGCCGAGCACUGCAGUGCACUUUCCGCGCCACUCCUUCUCCGCCGCGGCGACAGAGGGCAAGCACAGGAGUCAGCGGAGGCGGAAAAAGCCAACGCCGAGAUUCAAUUCGGUCUCCAAAAUCGAUCGCGUGUCGCGGAUAAUCUUCCCAUUGCUGUUCCUGAUCAUCAACCUCUUUUACUGGUAUUCUUAUCUCACGCGCAGCUCGAGAUUGGCCAACUCUUACAUAGUCACUUAA